CUCUCUCUCUGAUAAGGACUCUCUCUCCGGUGCCGCCCGUCAGUCCGAUCCCCCCCGACAUGUUGAAGCUGCUGCUGCUGUGGACCUGGACCAGCUCGGCGCUGGUGAGGAUCCCUCUGAAGCGGACGCCGUCGGUCCGGUCCCAGCUGCGGGCCGACGGCGUGCUGCAGGCCUUCCUGAUGGAUCACCGGCCCGACAUGUUCAACCGGCGCUACGCCCAGUGCUACCCCCCCGGCACGCCGUCGCUGAGGCUCGGGCGCUCCAGCGAGAAGAUUUACAACUUCAUGGACUCUCAGUAUUACGGUGAGAUCUCUCUGGGUUCACCGGAGCAGAACUUCUCUGUGGUUUUCGACACCGGAUCCUCUGACCUCUGGGUGCCGUCGGCCUACUGCGUCAGCCAAGCCUGUGCGGCACACAGGCGGUUCAAGGCCUUUGACUCCACGUCGUUCAGCCAUGACGGUCGGACGUUUGGGAUCCACUACGGGUCGGGACACCUGCUGGGCGUCAUGGCCAGAGACACCCUGAAGAUCGGGAGUCUGACCGUCCUGAACCAGGAGUUCGGGGAGUCGGUCUACGAGCCCGGUUCCGCAUUUGUCAGAUCGAAGUUCGAUGGCGUUCUGGGCUUGGGGUACCCGUCCCUGGCACAGAUCCUUGGAAACCCUGUUUUCGACAACAUGAUUGUGCAGAAGGUGGUGGAGGAGCCGAUCUUCUCCUUCUUCCUCAGCAGGAGAACCAACGUAGGCAGCCCAGAAGGGGAGCUGUUGCUAGGCGGAAAAGACGAGGAGAUGUACCAAGGACCAAUCAACUGGCUUCCUGUGACGGCUGAGGGCUACUGGCAGAUUAAGAUGGAAAGUGUGGCGGUGCAGGGUGCCAUCGCCCUGUGUCCUCGUGGUUGCCAGGCGAUCGUCGACACUGGGACGUCCCUCAUCACCGGACCCACCGCUGACAUCAUGAAACUCCACGAGCUGAUGGGAGCCACGCCCACACACAUAGGAGAGUUCCUCGUCGACUGCACCAGGAUGUCCAGUCUGCCUCAUGUGACCUUCGUCCUCGGAGGCCGAGAGUUCACUCUGACCGCCGAGCAGUACGUCAGGAAGGAGACGCUCGGCGACCGGGAGUUCUGCUUCAGUGGCUUCCAGGCGGCGGACAUCAGGUCCUCCGAAGGCCCCAUGUGGGUCCUGGGAGACGUCUUCCUCACAGAGUUCUACAGCAUCUUCGACAGGGGACAGAACCGGGUCGGCUUCGCCCUCGCCAAGCACCCGAGCCUCUCACCGGUUAUCGGCUAGCAGCUGACCACUCAUCAAUAAUAAAACUAUACGAUUCUUGCAAAGGCA